AUGGAACUCAAUGAAAAAGAUGAUGGAGAAGCCAAUUUCGGGCACGACAAGAAAUCGCCAUACGGUCCUUGCUUCCUAACCCGUAAACUCGACUUGCGGAACGGAACCCGACCCGAUCCCGACCCGCCCGUCAAACCCGCCGAAUCGCUAUUGCCAAUCGCCACGCUGGCCUUGAUGGCCAGCACGCACAAUCCUCGGGCAGCCGGGGGGCCGCCGAGCCCACCGCCAUGGAGUCCGAGCUGCAUAGGUAGCAGCUCGGGUGGCCGGAAACCGCCUCCUCCGCGGUGGUCCGCCGCCGGAACUCCUCCAAUCGGCCGUCGGGAGUCACCACCUUGGCCGGAAUCGGUAUUAUUUCUUUUGCUCCGGCCAAUUGUCUUCUUGUUGUGGGAUGAUAUGAAGAUGAGACAUUGCCCAUUAUAUGAACAGAAAUCUUGA